AUGGCUCUCUCUGGACAGCUGAAGGCUGAUGUUGUAAUUGAGGCUCCUGCUGAGAAAUGGGGGAAAGAUGGCUCUGUUUACUGCUGGAACUAUCUCCUUGAUGGAAAAACUGCAUAUAAUAAGGUGAAAAUGGGAAUGGAUAACAGAAACAAGUCUGCUUCUUACAAAACGAUGGAAGGAUCUUUCAUGAACUCCUUCAAGAGCUUCAUUAUCAGUUUUCAAGUUACUCCAAGGGAGAAGGGCAGCUCUGUGCUGUGGACUUUUGACUAUGAGAAGCUGAAUGAAAAUGUUGAGAAGCCUAAUUCACUGCUCCAGAUCGUUGUUGAUUGCUGCAAAGAUGUGGGUGUUUACCUCAACCAGAAGCCUCCUUAA